AAAUCUACUGGAAUUCUACCAAAUUUUUUAUCUAAUGGAAAACCAAUAUCUUCACUUUUAAUUACUUCUUUUAAUACUAAUAUUAGUACUGAUUCUAAUACAAUUAGUACUAAUAUUAAUACAAGAGAAAGUAGUCCAAAUUAUGAAGCUCAAGCAACUACAGUUGUUUAUAACCAUAUUAUUACUAGUAAAGAAGGAACAACAACUCUUCAUAAAACUAGUACAACUAAUAUAGAUAAUAUGACUACAAGGAUUCAAAAUAAUACUAUCACUAUCAAUCAACAUGGUACUAUUACUUCUAUUCAAGAUAGUACUAUUACUAAGAAUCUUACUAGUUUACAUGAAGAUGAAAUUCAAUUAGCUAAACAAGAAUUUUUAACUGAACAUAUAAAUGAAGUAAAUGUAAUCCAAAAUUCUAUUAAUCAAUUAAAUUUCACAAAUUCUAUGUCAGCUUAA